AUGGUUGAUGUUCCAGCGCUACUUGAACAUGGCAAUAAUGAACAUGACAAUUCUGAUCAAGAUCAUACAUAUUAUAGCAUAAUCAAUGAUUAUAAUAUAACACUUGCUGAACGACUUACAAUGUUUCGUAACGAAAGCAUCGGUUGCGACGUUGAAUUUAUCGUUGGGAUAGAGGAAAAAACUAUUAAAGCUCACAAACUUGUUCUUGGUUGUGGUUCGCAAGUAUUUGCGACAAUGUUCUAUGGUAAAAUGACACAGGAAACACCAGGAGAUGGAGAUAAUCCAAUGACGGUUGUAGUCCGGAUGUCACUCCUCACGCCUUUACAACUCUUCAAAAAAUAUGACGUGAAGACUCUCAUUUCGGCUUGUGUUGAGCAUUUAAUAUCUUGCUUGACUCCUUCAAAUGCACUUUGUCUGUUUUCGCAGGCAUGUUUCUUCGACGAACCGUCUCUGAUAGAGCAGUGUUUGCUAGUGAUUGAUACAAAGACGGAUGAAGUUCUGAAAUCACCAGGGCUCCGAGAUAUUGAUCGUGAUACGCUUGUAGCAGUAUUGAAGAGGAAUGAGUUGAAUGCAACUAGUGAACUUAUUGUUUUUAAGGCUGCACAGUCUUGGAGUGAAGCGGAAUGUGAGCGACGAGAAAUAGAAGUAAAUCCUUCGAAUCAACGCCUAGUUCUUGGUCCAGUACUUUCACUUAUACGAUUCCCUUUGAUGACAAUUUCUGAAUUUGGUGAAGCAGCAUCCUCGUCGCUACUGACCUGUGAGGAAAUUGCUCAGGUGUUUCUUCACUUGACCGUUGUUCCGCGUCCGCCGAUUUCCUACCCAACAGAUUUCAGGUGUAACGGAUGUUCACGGCACGUAGUAAAACCAUUCCCUGUUGUAUUCGAUAAACAGUGUAGCACGCAAAUAACAAAUUUCGAAGUAGAUCGCGAAAUUUUGGUUAUUGGUUUUGGGAUAAUGAUAAAAUCGAGUGAAGCACAGGAUUUGCAAGCUACAGUGGAAAUUCAGCUGAAUUUGAAAUCUAACUAUGGAAAAAAUUGUGAAACUGCGAAAGAAACUGUUGUCAUUCAAGUGACAGGUGAUAACGUAAAGUCUGUUGUAACCAGUUUCAAAAAACCGGUAACUGUGCCACCUAAUACUUCUUAUGUGGCUGAGAUGAAGUUUCUGUCGAAUGCUGAUCUUCAGAUCUAUCGUGGCAAGAGAGGCAUCGAAACAGCUACAGUACCAUUACCAUUUGAUGAAAAAGUCAAUUUUCGUUUCCAGAAUCUUCAGGAGAAUAAUUAUUAUCAUGAUUGUGGCUGUAAAGGACUACCCCUUGAAAUACAUUUCUUUGUUCAUUGGCCUGAAAGAACUCAUUAA